UGUACGAGUCUCCUACAGAAGCAUCACUAAUUCCCAUCUCAUCAUCUGCAACCAUGAACAUGCUGACUGUGUGUGCACUGGUUUGUACCAUAGUGGCUCUGGCUGGAUCUGCUGUUCUUCCAGAGAGAAAGGCUGAAAGCAAUGAAAGAGACACAGCAACGACUCACCUGAUAGAGAGGUCCUCCGGAUGUGAUGAUGGUUGGUCUGAGUUCAAUCGCCGUUGUUUCUACCACGUUUCAGAACGCAUGACUUGGUCUGUAGCUGAGAAAAACUGUAUUUCCCUGGGAGGUCACCUUGCAUCAGUGCACAACAUCCUGGAGUACCAUGAGCUUCAGAGGCUCAUACUGAGUGGCAGCCAUCAGUACAUAGAAACCUGGAUUGGUGGCUAUGAUACACAGGGGAUCAACCAUUGGUUUUGGAGUGAUGGCACCACUGUCCACUUUACCAACUGGUGUCCUGCAGAGCCCGAUAACUAUGGAGGUCACCAGCACUGCUUGCAAAUGAAUUAUGGAGUUGGAAAUUGCUGGGAUGACACUGAGUGCUAUGCUCUGAAACCUUCUGUCUGUGCCAAGAACAUGUGAUGAAUCCUGGACUCAGCAGUGACACAGGACGGCAUGUCUCUGUGUCAUCAGUAUCAGAUAUUGGCUUUAAUCUCCUUUGUCCUUCAUUAUUGUACUAUCGCUGUAAUGCUACUUAAGGAAGUAUGAGACAAGAAUCAGAAACAGAAGGUGGCUCAUGUCUUUAAUAAGAAAAGUCAGAGUGUUGUAUGAAAAGAAUGCUUUUAGCUUUGUUUCCUGGACAGUGAAAUUGUCUUUUUGUGCAGAAAUAAAAGAUGAAUGCAUUGAAA